AUGGCCAGUAAAUCCCACAGACACCUAAAAACGCAGCCAUGCGACUUAGAAAUAACACCCUAUUCCCAGGUGGAUACGACCAUACGUAAAAUGGCUCUAAUGCGACUGACCGUGGGCCUCAUGACACUGGUCCACCCGGUCUACAUCUCCCCAUUCAACACGCAUCCGCUCCUAUUGGGCCAGGACCUUCUAAAUCGGUUUAAGCCCCUAAUAGACUACCAACGUCUAAAGAUCUGGACACAGGUCCGGGAGCCCUUGCCCAUCCCACGCCCGUUGGGCGAAAACCACCGCUACUCCAUAGACGCGCCGCCCACGAACGGCCCACAGCCCGCCGCGGCACAACCUGAAACCGAUCAGGGGACGCCCACAACCUGCGCGAACGCCACGCGCACGGCCCCCGACCUCGACAGUAGGCAGGGCAUCAAGAUUAGCCGCUGGUGCACCGGGCGUGCGGCUUACCUGUUGUUGCGAGGUACUUGGGAUAUCCACGGGUCCAGGGUUGGCUUGGAUGUCUCCGCAGAGCAGGAGGAGGAUGCAGCAAAAAGUUUUCAUUCGCCGCUCGACUCCGUCACGUACCACUGA